AUGUGCUUCGAUCAGUCGACCCAAGGCAUUGCGAAACGCGGCAAGACACCCUCGGUGGUGACGGGCGGUAUGGUGAUGAGUGGAAAGAUUAUGGUAACGCAGAUUGCCAACGGGAGGACGACGAUAUGGCAGUUGGUGGCCACGGAGUAG